AUGAAUGGUGGUUGUGAGCCACCACCCCCUCUUGGGGAGAGAGGGAGAAGAACACGGGCCUCUCGGGAAAUGGAGGGAACCCAGCAGGAUGAGACAGACACCAAUAGCCAUGGCUCCAGCGGCAAUGAGUCAAAUGGCAACGAAUCUCGCAAUAGCCGGAGCUCUCACAGCAGCACCAGUGGAAACGGGAAGGACUCGGCCAUGUUGGAAGCAACAGAGAGCAGCAAAAGGUGAACGAUGGGAGAGUAAUGACCAUGUGGUAUAGCUAAGGAAGUGGGGGAGAUCAAGGCAACAGAUUAAUGGAGAAAAGAAUAUAUAUUUAUCUAUGAAUUAAAGACUUGUUUUUUUUCUACAUCAAUCGAUAAUAAUGUUUCUUUUUCUUUCGUUAUAGCACAAACUCAAAUAGUCCCUCGCCCCCCAGUAGCUCCAUUGCUUACAGCCUCCUGAGUGCAAGCUCGGAGCAGGACAACCCUUCAACAAGUGGCUGCAGGUAAUUUCUGUCCCUUUCAAGUCCUCUAAGUCAAUUCCAUCACCACUCCACCAAACCACCUCAAUUACCUUCUUACUCAAAGACCAAAAGACUUCACCUUACCCAUUCACUCCCUCACCCACUCCAGUUAUGCAAAAAAAAUAUAAGAGAUGUAAAAAGUACAUAAGGGAUGUGUAGAGAAAUGUCCCUGAUAUCAUCACGCAGACACUACACAUUUGAUGUAGUGUUAGAAAAUACUCCUUUAUUCAUUACAAGACUUUUUGGUCAUAGAAUGACAUUGCAGCAUUGUUCCUUAUAAUAUAAUAAGGACUUUAAAAACAAAAUAGCAUAAUUGCCAAGCUGUUUGAGACAAGGGUGAAAGUUUUCUAUUUUUCUAUCUUCCUAUAAAAUAUUUAUUAGUAUAUGUUUUCACAUAUCGAAUUCUGUUGCUCUUUUUCUCUAUUUUUGUUUUUUUUCGUCCUAUUUAUUUUUCUCUGCAUUAUAAUUCAUGGAAAUUACAUUUUUUUUUUUUUUAACCAUCCACCUUGCAGUAGUGAACAGUCAGCUCGUGAGAAGAAUCAGAAAGAGCUGAUGAAGGCCUUAAAGGAACUGAAGAUUCGUCUCCCGUCAGAGAAGAGAGGAAAGGGAAAAUCCGGGACGCUUGCCACCUUGCAAUAUGCCUUAUCUUGUGUCAAGCAAGUACGAGGUGAGCAGCACAAAGCGGGUAUACCUUCUUAAAUGACCCCAGGGAGAAAAUAACAUUCAUUUCUUAAAGGACCACUAUAGGCACCUAGAACACUUCAGUUUAAUGAAGUGGUCUGGGUGCCAGGUCCAUCUUGUUUUAGCCCUUUUUGCUGUAAACAUAGCAGUUUCAGAGAAACUGCUAUGUUUACAAAUGGGUUAACCCAGCCUCUAGUGGCUGUCUCAUUGACAGCCGCUAAAGGCGCUUCCGCUCUUCUCACUGUGAUUUUCACAGUGAGAAGAUGCCAGCGUCCAUAGGAAAGCAUUAACUAACGCUUUCCUAUGGACUGGCUGAAUGCGCGCGGCGCAUUCAGCCGAUGACGGUGAAAAGGAGGAGAGUUCCCCGCGCCAAGGGAGCCCAGCAGGGGAAAACAGGUAAGAUUUAACCCCUUCCACCCCCUAGAGCCCGGCAGGAGGGAGACCCAGAGGGUGGGAGGGACCUAGAGACCCUAUAGAGCCAGGAAAACUAGUAUGUUUUCCUGGCACUAUAGUGGUCCUUUAACAAUUUUUAAAUAGGCCACAUACAUAUUUUUCUCUUUACUGUGCUUAUAUCCCUCUUUGGUCUUUCAGCCAACCAGGAGUACUACCAGCAAUGGACUAUCGAUGAGUCUCAGCCUUGUGGUCUCGACAUGUCCAGUUUUACUAUUGAUGAAGUAGAGAGCAUCACUUCUGAGUACACUCUAAAAAACCCGGUAAGUUAUCUGUAAUACAUGCAGGUCCUCCUGGGCAGCUUUUUUAACAAUAUCUUCCUUCAAAAAAUAAUUUAUAUUUCCAAUGUAGAUAAAGGGAGCCCCCUAUCCUCACCAUAAAAUUUCCAAGAUUUAUAGUAGAUCUGAAGUGAACUCUCACCAAUUAUUUUUUACAAAGCAAUAUUUAGAAAACAUCUGUUUAUUUGUGAUGGAAGCAAUAAAUAAAAUGGAAAGGCUCCAAACAUAAACCCAUUGUACAGCGCUGCAAAAUUUGUUUGCACAUUAUAAUAAAUAAUAAUAAUAAAUCAGGAAGUGGCUAAAAAAAGUUCUCAGCCAAUCCUGGUUCUCCAACAGCUUUAUAUGAGAGCUUUGUAUGUUUCCCAAUAAGAACUAUACAGUGGUGCAUUAACCAAUAAGGGGCCUCAGUGCCUACUCAGUUUGGUUAUGAAGUCAUGUAAAAAUUGACACGAAGGGCUGUCCACAGGCACAUUAAGGUACCGGCAAACCUAUUGUAGGAUUGAAAUGCAGUGGCUGAUAGGUUGGUCUUUAGAAACAGAGAAAGUUUAUUAUUUGCCCACCCCCCAUUCUGAGACAGCGCCCCCUAGUGCUUUGUUUUUUAUAUCUGUCUCUGUCUGUCAGGAUACGUUCUCUGUUGCGGUCUCAUUCAUCACUGGCCGUAUUGUGUACAUCUCGGACCAGGCAUCGCUCAUUCUGCACUGCAAGAGAGAUGUGUUUAAGGGAGCAAUGUUCGCAGAGUUCCUUGCACCACAGGAUGUCAGUGUCUUUUAUGGAUCAACAGCACCUUAUCACCUGCCAUCAUGGAGCAGCUGCACCUCUGGAGGUAAAAUAGACAGACAUGAAAAUGUCUCUCCGCAUACAGUAUGAGGAGAAGGAGCUAUGGGUCUGUCCCUGCGCCUGCAGGGUAAUCCAUCACAUCUAAUGCUUUUCUUUCUUUAUAUUCUAUAGAAACUACAUCUAUGGACUGCACUCAGGAGAAGUCUGUAUUCUGCCGGAUCAGGUGGGUAUCGUAAGGGCAGAGGAAAAAUAUAGGGUUUUGCUUCUUACCACUACAUGCAGAGAAAAUAUACCCCAUAUAUAUCUAUCUAUCAUUAGUAUACACAGAGACAGGACAGACUGAGCUAUCUCGCCCUGUAUAUACAGAGAGAGGACAGACUGAGCUAUCUAUCACUGUAUAUACAGAGAGAGGACAGACUGAGCUAUCUAUCACUGUAUAUACAGAGAGAGGACAGACUGAGCAAUCUAUCACUGUAUAUACAAUGAGAGGACACACUGAGCUAUCUAUCACUGUAUAUACAGAGAGAGGACAGACUGAGCUAUCUAUCGCUGUAUAUACAGAGAGAGGACAGAUUGAGCUAUCUAUCGCUGUAUAUACAGAGAGAGGACAGACUGAGCUAUCUAUAGCUGUAUAUACAGAGAGAGGUCAGACUGAGCUGUCUAUCACCUCUAUAUACAGAGAGCAAUGACCUAGCCUUUUAUUGCUUUGAGAAGGAAAGCCGUAUGACUCAGUUAUAGCUGUACACAGAGAAGGGUUGAGUGAAUCUAUAUUCUGUGUAUAGUGAUCAAACCGGCCAAAUCAACCAGCUAUCACCUGCAUAUUAUGAGCAACCUCGUGCUCCGGAAGACAGCCUCCCCACCUCCCUUUUUUUCCCACCUCACACAAUUACAUGGCCUCACACAGCUGUGACACAAUAGGCCCUUUAAUUAGCAUACUGACACAUCAUGCGUCACUCACCCACACAACGCCCGCACUCUGCAAAAACCCUGCGUGUAACCCCAUCACUGCCAACAUUCUGUGUGCCGAGAUUCCUUACACAGCUCUGCAGAUUUAUCCCUUAUGCAGUGUAAAAUAAUAUAUACUGUCUGCGAGGUUGUUUUGUAUAAAAACAUGAAGAUGUAAUAUAUUUAAAAAAAGAAAUCGUAGAAUUUGCUCUGUCAAACAUACAUAAGCUUAAAGAAACAGAGAAAUUCCGGGGGUUUAAAAAUACUUUUGCAUGAUACAAAAAUAUAAUCGGAUGUUAUCAUAUCUAUAAUUAUAUAAAUAAGUAUAAAGACCGCAAAGAAAGAAUUCUAUAUAGCAGUGAGAAAAUAAACGUUUUGUCAGGUUGUUUCAGACCUUCCUGAAGCGUCAUUGGAGAUAAUUGAUAGGUAUGGCUUUAUAAAUGAGCACACUGUAGACAUGGGUAAACGAGGAAAAGAAUAAUAUGCAUGUGUCCAAAAACAUAAUCCACUUUAUGUUUACUAAAAUCCAGUAAGUGGUUUGAUCUAUAGACACAGUAUAUAGUUGUCUAGUGCAGGGGUUCCCAACCCAGUCCUCAAGUACCCCCUAACAGUCCAGGAUUUAGGGAUUACCCUGUUGUGUCUAAAAACAUUUUUUCUUCUUUUUCUAAAAAACACCUUAGACACAACUGGGUAAUCCUUAAAUCAUGGACUGUUAGGGGGUACUUUUGGACUGGAUUGGGAACCACUGGUCUAGUUCAUUAUGAGAGGAUCCCAAAUAUCAUCUAUACAAUUUAUGACCUCCCAAACUCAACAUCAAUACACACUUUUCCCUACUUUUGUUAUGACAUUCUUAAUGUUACCUUGGCAAGAGUCAACCACCUUCCAGUCAGGCCCCAUUGCCCCACUGUUCUUGCUGUUGUCUCCCCGGCUCUGGUCUUAUUGCAGGUGUGUGUUUUCAGUGGGGGCCGAGAGCGGGAUUUGAACAUCCGCUAUCACCCAUUCCGCCUCACCCCGUACCUGAUGAAGGUGCGAGAUUCGGACAGUGCGGAGGGUCAGCCCUGCUGCCUGCUUAUUGCAGAGAAGAUCCACUCUGGAUACGAGGGUAAGAAUGAGAGUAUAAUUAUGAAUGAAAAUAAAUUGUGACUGUUUAUAGAUGUAACAGAUCGAUAGAAUAGAGAAGGUAAAGAUAUUGAGGUGGUAAUAAAAGCAGAAUUUGGUUGAGAAGACGGAUGUGGACAUCAAUAUAGUUAUAAAAAUAUCUAUUGGGGGGACAAUGUCCUAUAUGUAAGGCUAUAUGUAUGUAGUUAUGGUAUUUGAGGAAGCCCAAGUAAUGUCCAGUUUUGUUUUGCUCCAAAUGCUUGAUAUGAAAUCUCUUUCUUGGAAUGUCCAUAUCUUGAUGGAACUUUGGUCAAGGCAAGAAACAGUCAACUGACAUUAGCUACUUGUGCUAGCUCAGUUUCCAUACUCUGGCCUGUGAUAGGGGAAACCACCCAGAAGGGCUGAAGGAAACAGCUUGAGCAGUAUAGAAGAGGACUAUAGCCAUGACAGAAAGGGCUUGGUGUUACAUCAAAACUGACCAGUAUCUCUUAUUCCUCAGCUCCUCGAAUCCCCACAGAUAAAAGAAUUUUUACUACACGACACACACCAAGCUGUAUAUUCCAAGAGGUGGAUGAGAGGUGAGCUACAUACGUUUCUACACAAAUUCUGUUCUUCUAUCGCUCUAUUUUUAUAUUUCUAAAUUUGUUAUACUUUACUUUUGCUGUUAUCUAUGUAUCUGUUCUUCUGCUGUUUGUUACAUUUUUUCUUCUUUGCUGUCUCUCACACUACCAGCCCUGAAUCUCCCCUUGUGCCUCGUUACUUGCUAACUCUGUCUAUUGUUGAUCUUUUUGCUGUAGAGCCGUGCCUCUGCUGGGCUACCUCCCUCAGGACCUCAUAGGCAUGCCUGUCCUUUGUUUUGUUCACCCUGAGGACCGCCCUCUAAUGCUGGCUAUCCACAAGAAAGGUAAAUAAGAGAUUGACAAAAGUGCGAUUGGGUUUAUUUGGAAAUAAAUUGCUCCUCGGUUCUGGCCAUUGGAGGAGACUGGAGAGAUUACAAUUAAGAGUUAGAGGAUAUUAAAAUUUAGAUAUUGGGUGGAAAAUUAGCAGAAAGAAAUAAAACUUAGAAAUAAUAUGUCCUAUAUUUUUCAUAUCUUGAGAUCACUAAAAGUUUAUGAAAUAACGUUUUCAGUUUUUAAAAAUUUUCCUGGGCAAAUGCAGUUUCUAUGUUCCAGAAAUAUGACUUUAACCCCUUAAGGACCAAACUUCUGGAAUAAAAGGGAAUCAUGACGUCACACAUGUCAUGUGUCCUUAAGGGGUUAAAGGGACACUAUAGUCACCAAAACAACUACAGCUUAAUGUAGUUUUUCUGGUGAGUAUAAUCAUUCCCUGCAGGCAUUUUUAUGCAAACAUUUACAUUGCCCCUAGGGACACCCAGAUGGUCACUGGAGGUGCUUCCUGGCACAGUGCUUCACAGUAAGCAGCCCUGCCGUUCAGCGUCUCCACGCUCUGCAUGAAGACGCUAAAUUUUCCUCAUAGAGAUGCAUUGAUUCAAUGCAUCUCUAUGAGGAGGUGCUGAUUGGCCAAAACAGUGUUUGGCCCCGCCCCAUUGCCGAUUUUAUCCAAUCCAAUGCUUUCUCCAUGGGUUUUCUUAUAAUUUAAUGUUUACCCUUUGGGCCUUUUUCACAUUCAGUUCUACAACAAGCUGGGCAGCCCUUCGAUCAUUCCCCUAUCCGCUUUUGUGCACGCUCUGGAGAAUAUGUGACAAUUGACACCAGCUGGAGUAGUUUUGUGAACCCCUGGAGCCGGAAAGUGGCGUUUAUAUUGGGGAGACACAAAGUGCGCACGUAAGUACCUAUAUCUCACCAGCCAUAUUCUGUUAUUUUCCUCUUUUUUGAGAAUUUCACACUUUAUUUCAUUUUUGGUUUUUCUCUAUAUGUCUUUUUUGCUAUAUUUCCUCGUCUUCUCUUUUCCAUUUCUCAGUGCUGCAUUUGUGUUGUGUUCUCUGUGCUUCCUUACCAUGAACCGUGUAAUGUAACAGCUUCACAGACUAAGCAGUAUAAUCUCCCAUUGAACAGCGCUGCUGCGUUUGUCGAUGCUUAAUGAUAACCCUCCCUCUACACUGUUUCUGUGAACAUCUUGUCCUUGUUUGUCUUUGUGAUUUUAUUGCUGCCUCUCUCGUAAUGUACAUUUACCCUUUUUUCUCAGGAGUCCUCUUAAUGAAGAUAUCUUCACUGCCCCCAAAGGGGCAGAGCUUAAAUCUCUGGACCCCGACAUCCAGGAAUUGUCAGAGCAGAUCCAUCGGAUACUUAUACAGGUACGCAGCUGAGCAGGAACAACUAAAUAAAGUGAUUAGGCAUUAAUAACUUUCAUUGGGCACUGAAAAUAAAAGAAAGUAAUAUAGUAGCUCUUUGUCUGAACAGGGUACCCACUACGUGUUUUAGGAAUACCUAAUGAAUUACAGAAGACAAACUCCGCUCUAUAAAUGCUCAAUGCAUCAAAGCCAAAGAAUACACUCUGAAAAUAAGUCAAACUUAAAGAAAUAAAACUGUUAGAAUAUAGCAGCUGUUAAACUUAAAACCUGUCUCUAAAAUGCCCAAUGUCUUGGUGUAUAUAUGAUGAACGGCAGCGAAGUGAAAACCAAAUGCAAAAUUAUGCCUAAUUGUAAAUACAGUUAAAGUAAAGAAUUAAAUUUUUUAAACAGUUUGUCCUAAAAUCUGCGGUUUGGUACAAAAUUCUAGGACAUUUACUAUUUAGAAAAUACAUCCUCUGUGAGUUUAAGGGAUUACUAGUCAGGGUGAAUUAAAUUAAAAUAUAUUUUAUGUUAUUGUAGCCUGUGCAUAAUACAACAUCUGGGGGAAAUGGCAGUGGUGGAAGCAACAUAUCGCAAGAACCAUUCCACUGCAAUGCCUCUUCGAGUGACAGCAAUGCAAUGGUUACCGAGGAGGGGGCCGAUCCUAAACCAGUAAGUUUUACAAACAAUUGUGGACCUGGCAGCAUGCCAUUGAUAUAGAGAGCUAAGAGGAUGAGGCAGAUAUAGGGUGCUUUUAAUUUAUCCCUCUCCCUGCAGGGUGACAGUGACACAGACAAAAGGAGCUAUGAAUCUCUCCCUUCCCCUGUAGGGUGACAUCAACAACCAAAGUGGGUCCUGCAUGACAUAUAUGAUAGCAGAAGGAGCUAUGAGUCUGUCCCUCCCCGUCAGGGUGACACAGAGAGAAGGAGCUAUGAGUCUCUCCCUUCCCCUGUAGGGUGACAUAGACAGAAGGAGCUAUGAGUAUGUCCCUCCCCCUGCAGGGUGACACAGACAGAAGGAGCUCUGAGUCUGUUCCUCCCCCUGUAGGGUGACAUAGACCUAUGGUACUAUGAGUCUGUCACUCCAUUUAGAUGGUAACAAUAGCACAGACAGAAGGAAGUAUGAGUCUGUCCCUCUAGCUGUAGUGUGGCAAAGUCAGAAGGAGCAAUAAGUCUGUCCCUGCCCCUGUAGACUGACACAAGGUGAAGGAGCUAUGGAGUAACUAUAUCCUUUUCUCCAGCAGAUGACGUUUCAGGAGUUUUGUCAGAAUGUCAACAUGGUAAAGAAUCAGGGUCAGCAGCUAUUCCUGGGAUCAAGAGCUAUACGUACUCACCAGAGGGGACAUUUCCAAGGUAUGGUCCAUGACUUUUCUUGGGAUAAGAAGGCAUCCGGCAUAGCGGAUUUAAAAAUGAAUAGUUUCUAUGUCUGAUUUAUACCUAUCUACCUUACAGCUCUUGCAUCUCGUCCAGCUCCCCACCAGGCUGUGGAGAGUACUCCCAUGGAAGUAGCAACUCCUAGGAUUCCGUGUGUUCAAGAAGAGCUGACACGGAAAGAGACCACAAACUAUUCUUAUCAGCAGAUCAACUGCCUGGACAGCAUUAUCCGGUAAGAGUUAUAUCCUGCUCUAUAUGGCCCUUCCAAAUAUCUCCAUAUUUUUUCUAUCUUUCCUGUAAACUACCCAUAAACCAACUCAGCAUAACUAAGCAUAAAAAUAUUUUAUAUUCAUUAACCCUUAAAAAUAUUUCACCAUCUCUUAACCUUAUCCUCUUUUUUUCCCUCUUUCUCUUCCAGUCCCAUCUUGUCCCCUCCUUUUCAUGAAUGUCUCUCUCUCUCACUGUCUAGGUAUUUAGAAAGCUGUAACCUCCCUGGCACAGUAAAACGGAAAUGUGGCUCUUCGUCCUACACCUCAUCCACAUCUGAGGAGGAGAAACCUAUAACGGGGGAGAGUGACAAGGAAGGUGAGGCUAUACAGGUUUACUGAGAAAGGUGAAGGGCCACCUUUUAAUAAUUCAUACAGUCAAUGAACAGAUGGGACACUGCAGGUUUCUCAACCCAGUUAACCUUAAUUCACUGUAUAUCCCCUUACUUUUUUUACCAAUCCAUAUAUUGUCAUUCUAGAUCCUUCUGGUGGUCCAUCACGGCAGCCAGAUUUGCGUCCUCCAUUGCCACCUACUGCAGUGGGUUCUUCCCCGCUCGCUCCACUACCUCCACUUCCUCUAAGCAAAGCUGAGAGUGUGGUUUCUAUUACCAGUCAGGGAAGUUUCAGCAGCACUAUUGUCCAUGUUGGAGAUAAGAAACCUCCAGACUCUGGUAGGUAUUGAGACAAAUAUGUAUUCAUGGUUUAAAAUGACUAAAUCAUGGUUUAUAUUUUUAUGGCAUAUGGACCGACCAUUUUAAUUAAUGUAUUCUGAAUGCAUCUUGUUCCUUCAAUAUUUCUUUCAUGGAAUCUCAAGACUGCAAUGUUCUGCCUCCUCCUACAGACAUGGUUAUGAUGGAAAAGUCUCCAUGUCCUGCAGCUCCUGCUCCUCCCCUUUGCACACUUGGUUUAACCAAGGAGGUUUUGUCGGCUCACACUCAAAGGGAAGAGCAGGCCUUCCUCACCCGUGUCCAUAACCUCAGCCAGCUUAGAGUGUUUGAUCCAAUCCCUGUUGGAACCUGGGAGAAACAGAACCAGCGGCCUUCUCAAGGUUAGUCUGGUCAUCUUACCUUAUUUUUUUUUUUUCUUUUAUUUGAAUUCUUUACCAAUAUCUUUUAUUUUUGUUUGUGACUCCAUUAAGUUUCCAUCACACUUUCUUUGUUAUAGUCUCUUUACUUUUUUUUUAAUUUUAUUGUGAUGUAUUUUCAUAAGUGUGCCAUUUCUCUUUCCUUCAACAGGUACAAAGCCUCUACGGUCUCAUCACCAUCACAAUGCCUCUGCUAACACACAAACGCCUCCAUCCAGGAAUGGUACAGGUGGGCGCCGAGGACGUAGUGGGAAAUCCAAAGCUAAGCGCCCUAAGCAAGGCAAACAUAUUUCAUCCAGCUCAACGUCAAGCCCCCAGCACCCUGAGGCCUCUCUUCUUCCUCCUCCUCCUCAUCCACCAGUAAUGCCAGGUUAUCCCCUCCCUAUGUAUCCUCCCCAGACUGCUGCUCCAGAUCCUGCCCCAUCACUUAACAGAUAUCCACUUGUCACUCCUAUUGUGGCUUUGGUGCUCCCGAACUACCUCUUCCAGCCUCCUCCUGUUGCACCUACAUUCUACCCAGGAGUAUCUGGAUUUCCUCCUUUUGCUGCCACUGCAGAAGCUCCGCCAUCUGCAGCUGAAGCCCCACCACCAACACCAGCUCCACCUCCCCAAUCUGUGUCCUGCCCUCCUCCAUCCCGAUCCUCCUCCCCUCCACAGCGGCUAUUCCCGUCCCGUUGCAGUUCUCCACUGCAGCUUGAUCUGCUGCAGUUGGAGGAGUUGCCACAAUCCGGGGCAGCAGUAGGGGGAGAGUGGGAGCUCGAAGAAGAAGCUAAAGCUGUAAAAGGACGGACAACUCCCGGGAGCACAACAGGAGCAGUAGGAGGAGUUCCCAAUGCAGCUUCAGGAAAUGGAAUAGAGGACAGGCAGCCUGAGAACUGCAUGGUUAGUGUGUUUAACAGUUUCAAAAUGUUCUAUUACCUCUUUUAGUUAUAUUCCUUGAUUAAAUGUUAAUCCUUCCUUUCUCAUACACUGUUCCUUUCACUCUCUCCUGAUCUCAGGGUGAUCAACAAGAAUCCUCGUCGCACAAUGACGCUCUUUCCAGCUCUAGUGACCUUCUUGAUCUGCUCCUGCAGGAAGAUUCCUGUUCAGGAACUGGAUCUGCGGCCUCCGGAUCGAUGGGUUCUAAUGGAGGAAGCACUUCUGCCUGCGGCACUAGUGAGUGACAUGUUAUUAAUGACUAUUCUUCGAUAUAGAUUCACAAAAAUCACCUCCCACAGGCACUGUGAUUUCACGAGGAUUCCUUCUUGAUAACUUCACUUGGAUAUUUUGUUAUGGCAGGCCUAACCUGACACUGACCUCCUGAUCUCACAGUGAACAUAACUUGCGGCAGUCUUGCACAUCUGACUAUUUGGAGCUAAAUUUAUAAAAGCUUCAUGAAAAAUCUUCUUCCUUCACAGGAAGCAGCGAGAGUAGCAAUACCAGCAAGUAUUUUGGAAGCAUUGACUCAUCGGAGACAGACCUGAGAGUAAAAAAGGCAGAAAGAGAGGAGGCUGAGCGAAAAGCUAUCAUAUAUGUCAUGCAGGACCCACUUUGGUUGUUGAUGGCCAACGCUGACCACGAAGUGAUGAUGUCAUACCAGAUCCCAACCAGGUGAGAAAACUUCGACUUCUGAAUACAUAUAUAGAUUUGGGAGAGCCUAUUCUCCUUCUAGGAUUUGCUUCCGGCUUCCUCCACAAAUCUCGUGUAGGGCUCAUCUCCUUACCCCUCCCCCACAGAGAUAUGGAGAGUGUACUCAAGGAAGAUCGAGAGAAGCUCCGUCAGCUACAAAGACACCAACCCAAGUUCAGUGAGGAGCAGAAAAAAGAACUGGGGGAGGUCCACAGUUGGGUACGAAGAGGACGAAUACCACAUGUCAUGAAUAUUACCGUGAGUACAUAAAUAGUUAUGGAAUACAAGGAUUCUCUACUGUAAAAAAAGUGUCUACCAGCUGACUGCAUUGUAGUUUAGGUAUCUACAAAUUCAUUAGACUUUACAGAGAACAAACAAAAAGUGAAAGCACAUGCCCAGAGUGGAGGGAAAAAAACUAGAAAAAACAAAUGACUCCCCUGUUGUUCCAAGGCCACCUGAAAGCAAAUCCCUGUUUUAGCACUACUGAGCAUCUAUUCGUGCGUCAAAGUGUAGCACUUAGCAUUAGGUACAUGACGAGGACACGUGACUUAUGUCCAGUUGCGCCAAUAAGUUCCACAUACACAAUAUCCAUCCUUCAUGUAGAGUAGCAUGCAGUCAGUGUUGUCCACUCUCCAGGCUCAUUUCCCCCCCCCAUACUAUCUCCAGAUCUUUCUGUAUAUUUGUAUAUUUUCUCUUGUUUAUUUCAAUUUUAUUUUUUCAUUAUUUUUGCAUGUAUAUGCAUAUAUCUUCUUAUUUUUAACAUUCCUUCUUUGUGGUUUAUAGAACAGUUUAACAUCAUAUGGAUAUUCUGCUUUUGUUCCCUAAUCAACUAACCCAUUUCUCCCAUCAAAAUACUAAUACUUUCCCAUAUCUCUCCUUAUAAAUUUUGUUUUAACCAACAACUUCCUCUUUUAUCAUUUUGCAUUUUUUUUAAAGUGUAAAUAUCUUCAAAUGGCAGGUUAGAAAAAAAUUAAAAUGUAGCAUUAGAUUUGAAGGGAAGUCACAUGCAUUUUUUAAGAUAAACACCCUUUUACCCUCUGCUGUCUGUUAUUUUUAGAUAGUCAUGUCUCAGUCCCCACUUACUCAUGCUACUAGCCCUAGGAGGCACUGGGCACUGUAAAACAGCACGUACAUGAGAUGAUAGUGAACACAGAUUUAUUUGAAGCCAGAAAAUUCCUUCCCUUUUCAUGAGUUUACUGUGGUGAGGAAUGCUGUGGAAAUUAAGAUUAAGACACACACCUCUGUGUGUGCACUUAUGGUGCACACAUCGGGAUCUCCAUGCAAAUAUGCCAAAGAACAGCACACGUGCGGAGACAUUGAAGCUAUUUGCAUGGCAUCACGUGUUCCCACUUAAACGACAAGUUGUAGUAUCCAUGUAAAUGUAGUGAUGUCAAUAGCAGAUAAACAUACAUCAGUAACAUCUUACGUUUCUCCUCCUCAGUCCUGCACUGGCUGUUCCGCAGAUGCACCACCCUACGAUGACGAUUUUGACAUGGCUACAAUGAUGGAAGAGGGGACAGAAUGCCCAGCGACAGGAGAGGAAGCAGUUAGGGAGGUGGGGAAUGGGUGA